CAAAGCCCAAUUGUUCCUGGGCCCUUUCCCCAUAGCGCCUUGGCCGGCUCCCCAGCCCGGGGCAGGGGCGGGGGCCAGUGUGGUGACACACGCUGUCUCCCUGCUGGGCUGGCUCGCUCUCUCCUGGGGACACGGAGGUCGGCAGGCAGCACACACAGGGACCUACGGGCAGCUGUUCCUUCCCCGCACUCAAGAAUCCCCAGAGGCCCGGAGGCCUGCAGCAGGAGCGACCAUGAAGAAGCUGAUGGUGGUGCUGAGCCUGGUCGCUGCAGCCUGGGCAGAGGCUCAGAAUAAGUUGGUGCAUGGCGGACCCUGCGACAAGACAUCUCAUCCCUACCAAGCUGCUCUCUACACCUCUAGUCACUUGCUGUGUGGCGGGGUCCUUAUCCAUCCACUGUGGGUCCUCACAGCUGCCCACUGCAAAAAACCGAAUCUUCAGGUCUUCCUGGGGAAGCAUAACCUUCGGCAAAGGGAGAGUUCCCAGGAGCAGAGUUCUGUUGUCCGGGCUGUGAUCCACCCUGGCUACGAUGCUGCCACCCACGACCAGGACAUCAUGCUGUUGCGCCUGGCACGCCCAGCCAAGCUCUCUGAACUCAUCCAGCCCCUUCCCCUGGAGAGGGACUGCUCAGCCAACACCACCAGCUGCCACAUCCUGGGCUGGGGCAAGACAGCAGAUGGUGAUUUCCCUGACACCAUCCAGUGUGCAUACAUCCACCUGGUGCCCCGUGAGGAGUGUGAGCAUGCCUACCCUGGCCAGAUCACCCAGAACAUGUUGUGUGCCGGGGAUGAGAAGUACGGGAAGGAUUCCUGCCAGGGUGAUUCUGGGGGUCCGCUUGUAUGUGGAGACCACCUCCGAGGCCUUGUGUCGUGGGGUAACAUCCCCUGUGGAUCAAAGGAGAAGCCAGGAGUCUACACCAAUGUCUGCAGAUACACGAACUGGAUCCAAAAAACCAUUCAGGCCAAGUGACCCUAACAUGUGACAUCUACCUUCCGACCUACCACCCCACUGGCUGGUUCCAGAACGACUCUCACCAAGACCUUGCCUCCCCUCCCCUCCUGCCCAGCUCUGACCCUGAUGCUUAAUAAACGCAGCGAUGUGAGGGCCCUGAUUCUCCCUGGUUUUACCCCAGCUCCAUCCUUGCAUCACUGGGGAGGACUUGAUGAGUGAGAACUUGGGCCUAGCUCUGACCCCCACCGCUAAGAGAAUACAGGAAAAUCCCUUCUAAGCAUCUCCUCUCCCCGACCAUUCCACGCAUUUGAUUUCUUCCUGCAGAGGCCCGGCCGCGUGCCUGGAAUCCCAGCUCUGCCGCUUACUAUCUGUGUCCCCUUGGGAUGUGCCUUCCUUCACUGUAGAUUUCUGUAAAAUGAAGCUAAGGAUGACACAGUCUCCAUAAGGCAGUGGCUGUGGGGAAGAUUUAAGGUUUCACAUCCAUGACAUACACAGAACAGCGCCUGGCCCACCAUGCACUCAGUAAAGAAUGAAUUUUAUUAUGA